CAUCGAGCCUCCAAGGAUGAUGGCAAAGGUCAAGAUGAGCCGGCCAUCCUGGAGACGGAGGACAUGAGGAUGCCAGACCCGGACACCAUCUCACUCGCAUCAGUCACUGCCGUCACAACCAAUGUCUCCAAUAAGAGAUCAAAGCCUGACAUCAAGAUUGAGCCUAGUGCUGGAAGACCAGUGGAUUUCCAAGUCAGUGUCACUGUUAUAGAGGCCAGACAGCUGGUGGGUCUGAACAUGGAUCCAGUGGUGUGUGUAGAAAUCGGUGAUGACAAAAAAUACACCUCAAUGAAGGAGUCGACCAACUGCCCUUAUUACAAUGAGUACUUCGUUUUUGACUUCCACGUUCCUCCUGAUGUCAUGUUUGACAAGAUCCUGAAAGUGUCUGUUAUCCACUCUAAGAAUCUUUUGCGAAGUGGCACGCUGGUCGGGAGCUUCAAGCUUGAUGUGGGCACAAUUUAUACACAACCUGAACAUCAGUUCUUCCACAAAUGGGCCACUUUAUGUGACCCCGAUGAUAUCACUGCUGGAUGCAAAGGCUAUGUCAAGUGUGACAUCGCAGUUGUGGCAAAGGGCGACACUAUCAAAACUCCACACAAGACAAAUGAAACAGACGAGGAUGACAUUGAGGGUAAUCUUCUGUUGCCGGAAGACGUCCCGGCUGAGCGUCAAUGGGCAAGAUACUAUGUGAAAAUCUACCGAGCCGAGGGGUUGCCCAAAAUGAACACCAGCAUAAUGGCAAAUGUAAAAAAAGCUUUCAUUGGAGAAAAUAAGGACUUGGUUGAUCCGUAUGUCCAAGUGCUAUUUGCAGGGCAGAAGGGUAAAACUUCAAUUCAGAAGAGCAGCUAUGAGCCGAUUUGGAAUGAGCAGAUCGUUUUCACUGAGCAGUUUCCACCUCUGUGCCGGAGAAUGAAAGUCCAGAUCCGUGAUUCGGAUAAAGUGAACGAUGUGGCCAUCGGAACACACUUCAUUGACCUGCGGAAGAUUGCUAAUGAUGGAGACAAAGGCUUUCUUCCAACUCUUGGGCCGGCUUGGUCCAACAUGUACGGCUCCACACGCAGCUACACACUCAUGGACGAGUACCAGGACCUGAAUGAAGGAGUAGGGGAAGGGGUGUCUUUCAGGGCCCGGUUGCUGAUCAGUCUGGCCGUGGAGAUACUGGACACCUCCUCUCCUGAAGUAAUGAGCUCCACUGAGGUGCAAGUGGAGGGGAUACCCAACAUCUCAGAUAAUGCCACGGGAAAAAUUGAAGAGUUCUUUCUCUUUGGAUGUUUCCUUGAAGCCACUAUGAUUGACAGGAAGAUUGGAGACAAACCCAUCAACUUUGAGGUUACAAUAGGAAACUACGGCAGUGAAGUCGAUACCCCAACCAAGCCAAAAACAAAGAAGAAGAAGGGUGGCGAUGGAGAUGAUGAGGAGUCUGAACUCAUUUACGGCUCCAGUGACGACGAGGUGGAUGAUGGUGGAGAUAUGACAUCAGUUUCCACCUCUCCUCCAAUGAAGCCAGUCAUCACUGACAGAAACUAUUUCCACCUGCCGUACUUUGAGAGGAAGCCCUGCAUCUAUAUCAAGAGCUGGUGGCAGGACCAAAGAAGACGACUUUAUAAUGCUAACAUCAUGGACAGAAUUGCAGAUAAAUUGGAAGAAGGGUUGAAUGAUGUGCAGGAGAUCAUUAAAACAGAGAAAGCCUAUCCUGAGCGCAGACUCAGAGGAGUCCUGGAGGAACUCAGCAGUGGCUGCAGUACCUUUGUAACUUUGGCAAACAAUGAUCAGAAUCAGGCUGGGAAGACUAAACUGGACCGGGAGAGACUGAAAUUAUGCAUGCAGGAAUUGGAAAACAUGGGUCAGCAAGCAAAGAAUAUGCGAUCCCAAGUAAAGAAAAGCAAUGUGAAAGACAAAAUAAAACUGGCACAAAACUUCCUCCUCAAGCUGAGAUUCUUGUCUGAUGAGCCUCAGCAUAGUGUUCCAGAUAUUUACAUAUGGAUGAUAAGCAACAACAAACGCAUUGCAUAUGCCCGUGUUCCCUCCAAAGACAUCCUCUUCUCUUCUGUGGAUGAAGAAACCGGAAAGGACUGUGGGAAAGUCCAGACCAUCUUUUUCAAGCUCCCUGGUAAGAAAAGCUUUGGACCUGCAGGCUGGACCGUUCAGGCUAAAACUGAGCUGUAUCUGUGGCUCGGCUUGAACAGGCAGCGUAAGGACUACUUGAGCGGCCUGCCAAAUGGGUUUGAGGAGAACAAGGCAGUAAAGGGGCCUGGCAUGUCUUCACCCCCUAUAAGCCUGAUGUACACAAUGAAGCAGAUCUUCCAGCUGAGGAUUCACAUGUAUCAGGCUCGCAGUCUGUUUGCGGCUGACAGCUCUGGCCUGUCAGACCCUUUUGCCAGGGUAUUUUUUUCCACCCACAGCCAGGUCACAGAGGUCCUGAAUGAGACGUUGUGUCCUACAUGGGAUCAGUUGCUGGUGUUUGAUAAUGUGGAGCUCUAUGGUGAGGCUGGUGAACUGAGAGAUGAUCCUCCUAUAAUCGUCAUCGAGAUCUAUGAUCAGGACACUGUCGGAAAAGCUGAUUUCAUGGGUAGGACAUUCGCAAAACCUAUAACCAAGAUGUCAGACGAGCAUUAUGGGCCGCCACGCUUCCCUCCUCAACUAGAGUAUUACCAGAUCUACCGGGGAAACUGCACUGCAGGAGAAAUGCUGGCGGCCUUUGAACUGCUGCAGGUGCAUCUGAUAGGAACAAGAAACUGUUUAAAUCUUAGUCUGUCUAUUGGACCAGCUGGAAAGGCCGACCUGCCCCCAAUAGAUGGACCUUCCGAUAUCGAUCGUGGUCCAAUCCUGCCUGUUCCUAUUGGCAUAAGACCUGUCUUGAGUAAAUACCGAAUUGAGGUUCUUUUCUGGGGUCUGAGGGACCUGAAGCGAGUGAAUCUGGCUCAAGUAGACCGCCCCCGUGUGGACAUCGAGUGUGCAGGGAAAAGUGUUCAGUCAGCGCUGAUUCAGAACUACAAGAAAAACCCCAACUUCAGCACUCUGGUGAAGUGGUUUGAAGUGGACCUGCCAGAAAACGAGCUCCUCCAUCCUCCUCUGAACAUCCGCGUGGUGGACUGCCGGGCGUUUGGUCGUUACACACUAGUUGGCUCUAAUGCCGUCACAACUCUACGCAAGUUCAUUUACAGGCCAUCGGACAAGAGUGUCAAUAACUGGUCUGCCAUGGGUGUGUAUCCAGAGAUAAAAGCUGUUCUUUUCUGGGGUCUGAGGGACCUGAAGCGAGUGAAUCUGGCUCAAGUAGACCGCCCCCGUGUGGACAUCGAGUGUGCAGGGAAAAGUGUUCAGUCAGCGCUGAUUCAGAACUACAAGAAAAACCCCAACUUCAGCACUCUGGUGAAGUGGUUUGAAGUGGACCUGCCAGAAAACGAGCUCCUCCAUCCUCCUCUGAACAUCCGCGUGGUGGACUGCCGGGCGUUUGGUCGUUACACACUAGUUGGCUCUAAUGCCGUCACAACUCUACGCAAGUUCAUUUACAGGCCAUCGGACAAGAGUGUCAAUAACUGGUCUGCCAUGGAGGAGGUUGUGAUCCACACAGAGCCAGAACCAGCUGUGAAGAAAACCGAGACAGUGGUCAAACUCGACUCAGCGUCUGAUGCUGUGGUUAAGGUCGAUAUGCCAGAUGAUGAGAAAGGUGAGAAAGGGAAAAAGAAGCGGAAGAAGGGCGAAGAGGUGGAAGAGGAGGAGCUGGAUGAAAGCAUGCUGGACUGGUGGUCCAAAUACUUUGCCUCGAUUGAAACACUGAAAGAGAUCAUUAAAGUGCACGAGGCAGACGCUGAAGAAAAGGAAGACUUUGACUCUGGAGAGGGGACCAAGAAAAGGAGAGGAAAAGGAAACAAGAACAAAGCCAUGCCUGGCCAAGGAGUACCAGAGAAGAAGAAGCACAAAAUUGAAGAGCUGAAGAUGUACAACAGAGAGCUUGAAUAUGAGUUUAACACCUUUGAAGAUUGGCUUCACACUUUUAACCUUUAUCGAGGCAAGUGUUCAGAUGAUGCUGACGUCGAGCAGAAUGCAGCUGAUGAAGACAGACUUAUUGGCAAAUUCAAGGGAUCCCUGUGCAUCUACAAAGUCCCAGCAUCGGAUGACAUGUCCAGAGAAAUGGGCUUUGAUUCUAACAUGGGCAUGUUCCAGAACAUCCCACACAACGACCCCAUUAACGUCCUCGUCCGAGUCUAUGUGGUCAGGUACGGCCCCGGGGGACGAGUGAAAGUGGUGAACAGAGUUUACACGGGCCCGACUGAAAUUGAGGAUGAAAAUGGACUGAAGAAACAGACGGAUGAGCACCUGGCUCUUGCUGUGCUAAACCGCUGGGAAGAUAUGCCAAGGAUCGGCUGCAAACUCGUCCCAGAUCACGUGGAGACGAGGCCUCUCUUGAAUCCGGAUAAACCUGGGAUGGAGCAGGGGAGGAUUGAGUUGUGGGUGGACAUGUUCCCGAAGGAUAUGCCUGCGCCUGGACCCGCUCUCGAUAUUUCACCAAGGAAGCCAAAGAAGUUCGAGCUCAGGGUGAUCGUGUGGAACACGGACGAAGUCGUUCUGGAGGACGAUGACAUUUUCACAGGGGAAAAAUCCAGUGACAUAUUUGUUAGAGGAUGGCUAAAAGGCCAACAAGAAGACAAGCAGGACACAGACGUCCACUAUCACUCUCUGACCGGAGAGGGCAAUUUCAACUGGCGCUUCGUUUACCCCUUCGACUACCUACAGGCUGAAGAGAAAAUCGUCAUCUCAAAGAAAGAGUCCAUGUUUUCUUGGGACGAGACUGAGUAUAAAAUUCCUGCCCGACUGAAUUUGCAAGUGUGGGAUGCGGAUCACUUCUCUGCAGACGACUUCCUGGGCGCAAUUGAACUAGACCUGAACCGAUUUCCUCGUGGUGCGAAGACAGCGAAGCAGUGCUCCAUUGACAUGGUGCUUAACGAGCAAGACAUGCCCAUGGUCAACAUCUUCAAACAGAAGAGAAUUAAAGGCUGGUGGCCAUUUGUGGCCAGAGAUGAAAAUGAUGAGUUGGAAAUUACAGGGAAAGUAGAAGCAGAGCUUCACCUGCUGACAGGCGAGGAGGCCGAGAAGAGUCCUGCUGGUGAAGGGCGCAAUGAACCAGAGCCUCUGGAGAAACCAAACCGCCCCGACAUUACAUUGCUGUGGUUCCUUAGCCCGCUAAAGGCAAUUCACCAUCUCAUCUGCAACCAGUACAAGUGGCUGGUCAUCAAAAUUGUGUUGGCGCUGAUGCUUCUUGCCAUUCUGGCCCUGUUCCUCUACAGUAUGCCUGGCUAUAUGGCCAAGAAACUCCUGGGGGUCUGAGAGAUUCAAUCAGAGCUUAAUCUCUUCUGCAAUAAGUUUGAAAUGCAUGAAUUGAACAUGAUUUGUAUGUCUGCAUUUGGCGAAAUAAAGACAUCA